AUGGCCGCCACGAUCACAUCGGCCCUCACGUUCUUCCACGAGCACGCACCGGACCUGGCAAAGCUCGUCAAGCUCGUGCAAUGCGACGAGGCCUCACAAAUCCCCGUCGCGACCUACCAGGCGAUAACACUGGUGUUCCCCAACGCGGUCGUCACAAUGGUUGGAGAUCGCCGGCUACUACCACCACUGACGCCCAAAAACCAACAAGAAGCGAAACGGACUCGGAGUGAUCUCACGCCUCGGCACGGACUCAGCCCUCAGCCACGCAUCGGACGGAGACCGAUUCCCCACGAUCGCCUUCCGUGAAAGUUUCCGCUGCCCGAGAGACAUCACCAACGUACUCUCGAAGAACUUCUACUCGGGAGAACUGCAGGCUAUGCGAUCCGCCAACGACCACGGCCAACAUCUGCCACGAGAGCUCAGCAAUCACACGUCACGCUCGUCAGUGCAAUGGAUCGAGAUUCCUGCCAGGUCACACCGUCAGGCAGGUAGCAGCCUGGUCAACACGAAAGAGGCCGAGAUCGUGACGAAGCACAUCGACGCACUGUUCGCCUCGAACUACACCGGAACAGUCGCCGUCCUCUCCUUCUACGGAGCCCAGAAGCCGGUGAUCGUGAAGGCGCUGUCCCAUCAUGAGGAACGGAGCGAGCUCUUCAUUGGCACGGUCGACUGCAGCCAGGGCAGAGAAUUCGACACCGUGUUCGUCCUGCUCACACGAUCGGACGGACAAUCAUCGUUUAUCGACGACCCGCGACGCGUGAACGUCGCACUCAGCCGCACCAAAGAUUGGUGUUUCGUGGUUGCCAGCGCAGAGGUCAUCGCCGGCACAACCUAUUGGCGGCGUAUUAAGGAGAUGACCAGAUAG